AUGCUAGCGCAAGCAGCUGCGCACAGGCUGCCAAGCUGGGAUCCCACCGCUACUCGCAAUUCUCCAGUAUACGUCAACCUCGAGCGGCAGCUACGAUGGAGCGAGGAGGACGCAGGGAAGCCUUCCCACUCGAACCUCCCAGGAGGCCCCACAAGGGAAACCACCUACACUGCGUGGCCCACCGUCCGCAAUCGUCGACAUCAUUCAUAUGCUUUGCAGGCCGUGGUGCAUCCCAGACUCAGGGCCGCGGUGAUCCAGGACUGGCAGGAGGAGAAGAGGAGGAGGGCAGCGGCCCAGGCGCAGGCGCGGCCGCGCAGCGCCGUCAUGAGCUGGCCCGGGCGAGGGCGCCGAUCCUGGUCACCCGGGGACAUGACUCUGGGUGAGCUGUCGAGGCUCUCCGACGACGAUGCCAUCGCCAACGAAGCGGGGAGGCGCGCCCUGCUGGUGUACGCGGAGGCGGUGCGGGUAAUGGCCCGGUCAGUCCGGCGAGCGGAGCAACGCGUGGCCAGCGACGCCAACGUGCGGCUCAGCCCUCGACCUUUCUUGGUCCUGAUGACAGAGGCUGCCCUCAAUGACGAAGUUCGGGCUUUGCUGGAAGGGGACGGAUUGACGCCCCUCGUCCUGUCCACUUUUGGCAGCGACGGCGUGGUGGUGCCGUCGCGCCGAAAGCAACGAGGCGAGACCGGCGCUCUCCGCGGGGAUGAGCGGGAUGAGGAGGUGGAGAACCAGACGGAAGACCUGGAGACCAUUGAGCUCUCCUGGUGGCUGAAGAUCAAGCUGUGGAGCUUGACUCAGUACCGCCGCAUCGUCUACCUGGACGCAGACACUCUGGUGACUGGGCCCAUUGAUGAGCUCUUCGCCUUGCCGGACGAGGUGGCCUUUGCUGCACCAGCCCACCUCUCCCGCGACGGGACAGGCUCGGAGAUCUCGGUGGGUGUCAUGAGCCUCCGGCCGGACAGGCAGAUCUACGAAGCCCUCCUCUCGUUCAUCUCGGGGGCCGCCGAGCACUUCGUGACGGGCGUGCGCUCUGUGGACCAGAUGCUUCAGCACAGCUUCUUCGCCAGCCACUUCCGCUGGGGCGGCUAUCCCAGGUGGGAGGUGGGCACCGGCCGCUUCGCAGGCUGCGCCGAGGAUGCCCCGCCCAUGAGCCCCAGCGGCUUCGAGGCUCCUGGCCAGGAAAGCCUUGGGCUGGUGUGCGUCCUGCCGCCUCGGUACGACUUUUGCGUCUCGUAUCCGGCGCUCGUUGCUGGCAUGGACUCGGCCGAGUUUCAAGAGGCCGAGUUGGCGAUCCAGUUCCUCCAGCCAGGCGAGCGCGCGGAAGGGGAAGGCUUUCUUCCGCAGCUGCGCGCUAAGCUGCUGCACUGGACGGGGCCGCGGAGAAAGCCCUGGAUGCACUACCUCUCCAUUUCGCGCACGCUCUUCGACAGCCUCUGGUGGAAUGAGCAUGACGAGAUGUGCAAGGAGGUCGAGGAGCAGCGCCGGCACUCCCUUGAUGGACCCGCGCUGUGCCGUUUCGAUUGCGAAUCCUUGUAG